UAAGACUCCAUCAAAGGGUAUUCUGAGUGGGUGGCAAAGCACUGGAGAGGAAUACAAUCUGGAGAUGACAAAAGAAUGGAUGGGCAUGGGAUGAACAGUAUUCUGUGUCAUAUUUACUAGACUUAUAAUGCUAAAACUGCAGCAUCUGGACAGCAAAACCCAAUGAUGUGGAUUUUAAUAAAUUUUUAAAACUGCAGACAGAAGAGAAGUUAAAGAAGAAUGAAAGCUGAGAUGCUUUUGCCUCCAACAGUCAGCGAUGCCUCAUAUUACCUGCAUCUUUUCCACCGUAUGAUCUUCCAUAAUAACCAGACCACCAGAAUGAAAGAUUAUUAAUGUGGGCUGAUUGAGCUGGUUUCACUCCGGUGAUUGGAAGACAUGGUCCUUGUAAUAAAACUGUUGCUUUUCACCUGCAUCUGGCCGACAGUCCUUUUAAUCAGUCACAGUGACCAUCACCACCACCAUUACCACCACCAUCAUCCUCAAAGGUCGUUCGCGAAAAGGCAUAACAGCAAACGAGAACUUAAGAUGAGAAAACUGGACAGCACCAAAAUGCGGCCCAUAAAAUCAGAACAGCUUCUCCGCAUAGAAGACCAUGAUUUUGCACUGAGACCUAGCUUUGGAGGGUCACCGAUACCAGUAGGCAUUGAUGUACAAAUCGAAAGUAUUGACAGCAUUUCAGAAGUUGACAUGGAUUUCACCAUGACUUUAUACCUGAGACACUACUGGAAGGAUGAGAGACUCUCAUUUCCUAGUACCCGAAAUAAAAGCAUGACCUUUGAUGGAAGACUCAUAAAAAAGAUCUGGGUACCUGAUAUAUUUUUUGUGCACUCCAAAAGAUCAUUCAUCCAUGACACAACUGUGGAGAAUGUGAUGUUACGUGUCUACCCAGAUGGCAAUGUACUCUUCAGUUUGCGAAUAACUGUUUCAGCUAUGUGCUUCAUGGACUUCAGUAGGUUCCCACUUGACACUCAAAACUGCUCUCUUGAACUGGAAAGCUAUGCAUACAAUGAAGAAGACGUGAUGCUUUAUUGGAAGCAUGGCAAUGAAUCCCUCAGCACAGAUGAGCACAUCUCCCUGUCUCAGUUCUUCAUUGAAGAGUUCAGUGCUUCUAGUGGACUUGCAUUCUACAGCACAGGAUGGUACAAUAGACUUUUUAUAAAUUUUGGCCUAAGAAGGCAUAUUUUCUUUUUUGUUCUACAAUCCUAUUUUCCAUCGAUGCUGAUGGUGAUGCUUUCAUGGGUUUCUUUUUGGAUUGACCGAAGAGCUGUUCCUGCUAGAGUAUCACUGGGUAUAACUACUGUGCUGACAAUGUCAACCAUAAUCACAGGGUAUUUUCAGUGUCUACAAACAUGGAUAUAUACUUAUGGAUCAGUUUCCUCUUUGUCUUCCUGUCUGUCAUUGAAUAUGCAGCUGUAAAUUAUCUCACCACAUUUGAGCAAGAAAUGCU